AUGUUAGUGCCAGCAGAUAUGCAGGGAGCCCAGUCACGCAUGUUGUACCAGGUAAACAAAUACUCGAGCGAAAGAGUCGCCGCCCGCAGAGCAGCUGUCGCGAAGACGCUUCGGGAGGUGGUCAAGGUCGUGCAGGAUGUUUUGAAGGAAGUUGAGGUGCAGGAGCCUCGGGUCAUCUCUUCCCUAACAGAGGUCAAUGGCCGUUUCGAGGGACUCAACGUCGUCUCCCCGACGGAGUUCGAGGCCAUUCUCUACCUGAACCAAAUGGGAGAGUUCAAUUUCGUGGACGACGGCAGCAUCCCGGGCAGUGCCGUGCUGAAGCUGAGCGACGGCAGGAAGCGUUCCAUGUCCUUAUGGGUGGAAUUCAUCACUGCGUCGGGAUAUCUGUCGGCCCGCAAAAUGCGCUCUCGGCUCCACACGUUGGUGGCCCAGUCGAUUGACAAGUGCGCCUAUCGAGAUACGGUGAGGAUGGUGGGUGACACGAGCGAGGUCAAAUUGAGGAUAAGAGACAGGUACAUCGUUCAAAUCACUCCGGCAUUCAAAUGUACAGGUGUGUGGCCGAGAUCAGCAGCCCACUGGCCUUCCCCUCACGUCCCUUGGCCAGCGCCAAGUUUAGUGGCUGAAGUGAAAACGGAAGGAUUCGAUCUGUUAAGCAAAGAAAGUUCCGUGGGUGGCAGCACGACGAGUGGCGGCCUGGAGAGCGAUGCCUGGGUGCUGUCAUUCAACGACGCCGAAAACCGCCUCCUGUACGGCGCCUCCCGCAAGCGGUGCCUCGCCAUCCUGAAGACACUGCGAGAUCGCCACCUCGACCUGCCAGGCGACCCGGUGCCAGCGUACGCCGUCAAAACGCUGAUGCUUUACGAGUGCGAGAAGCAUCCCCGCGACACCGAGUGGGACGAGGCGGCGCUGGGCGAUAGGCUCGUCGGAAUAUUCCUCCAGCUCAUCACCUGCCUCCAGUGCCGCCGGUGCCCGCACUACUUCUUGCCCACGAUCAAUCUCCUCAAGGGGGCAUCACCGCCGGCGCUCGAAUCCGCCGCUAAACAAGUCUGGAGAUUAACGAGGGAACUACUGACUAAUUCUAAAAGUCUGGAAAAGCUGUGAGAAAGUGAUUCAUGUUGCGCACGAGUUUUCUUCUUCAUUCGAUAAGAAAAAGAUAAUCCUGCGAUAGGCGCUGAAUUGAAAAGUGAUGGCUAUCGGCUGUGGGGCAGCACAGGUGUCAAGCAGGUGCUAGAGCGACUAAUUUGUAAAUAAUGUAAGUAAAUUCUGUGCCAAACUAUAGUGCUGACAAACUGCUGUAUUUUCAUGUAAAGUAAUUCCUAAGUUUAGAACCAGUGGCUUCUAGUUUUGCCGAAAUAACUGUUUUCGGAUAUAAAUAUAUAUUAUUUAUGUGCACUGUCGUACGAACAGUGUCGAUUUUUAUUACAGCUGUGAUAACUUAAGUUUUGUGUGUAAAAGUCUGUAAAUAGCACUCUGGUCAAUUCAUCUUUCCUUAGUACAUAAAGACCUUUUCCCCUCAAGUGCGUUAAGUGUUCUGGAAGCAACAUCAUUGUAUUGCAGGCUAUUGUGGUAGUGUUACAAUCAUUCUUGAAUAUUUCCUGCUUCCAGUUCCGGAGAAAAGCUUCAGGUGUCAAUGAUGUUGUAUCUGUUUCUAAGCAAAGUUUUGGGCGCCACAUGGCCCUAAGCAACGCACCUCAUCAGCAGCAGCAAAUCUCUGCACUUAUUCAAUAAGUAAAAACACUUUUUACCGCACUCACUUUGUUCUGUAGCUCUAUAGGUAGCUGUUAGCUCAUGAUGAAUGUAAGUUUGCGGCUUCUAUCGAAUAUUUAAAAUGAUUUCCAAAGCCCUUUCAAUCCAAGAAUGCAUGCAAACAUGUGUACACAUAUAUAUACAACCAUUACUGAUGCUAUUUCAAAAAUUGUGCAUACUCUUUUAUUACCAAUAAAACAAUUGCUUAAUUUUGUGCAGAUAUACGAUAAAAUAUUUCAGAAGACACCUCUCUAACUUUUAACGAGUUUUGUUUUGUACAAUGUUCCCAUUACUAUUUUGUUAUAAUGUUACUGACAUUUUUAACUCCAUUAUAUGUAGCGUAAGAGUACUGGUAGUAGGCGAGGUGUGUAAGUGCGUGUGUACUGAUCAGUCUCCCAAGAAUAAAGUCGUUUAAUACUUUCGCCCAAUGUACUUAAUAACGAUUUAGAAGCAUGCAUAUAUAUAUAUAUA